CUGUGUGUGCGCGCCUGUGCCUUGACUGUGCCUUUUGCGCGCGUCCAAAGCGCAGGAGACUUUAGCAGAAUUCCUUCUAUUCACUAUUAGUCAUUACGCACGAGUAACCGUAUGGCGCACGCAGGACCAGGGCUCUGUGCUCCACCACCGGAAUUCAGUCCACACGGAAACAGCACGCACACCAACCGGACACUGUGCUUGAACGCCUCGGAUGCGCACGCAGCUGGAAACGGGAGCCUGGCGGCGAACAGCAGCGGCGAUCCGUUUGGCCGUAAUGAGGAAGUAGCCAGGCUGGAGAUCACAGUACUGAGCUUGACCUUCCUGGCGGCGGUGGUGGGGAACAUGAGCGUGCUGCUGGCCGUGCGCAACGCAGCCAAGAAGAGCUCGCGUGUGCACCUGUUCAUCAAGCACCUGAGCCUCGCCGACCUGGUGGUGGCCUUCUUCCAGGUUCUGCCGCAGCUCUGCUGGGAGAUCACUUUCCGCUUCUACGGACCCGACUUCCUGUGCCGCGUGGUGAAGCACCUCCAGGUGCUCGGCAUGUUCGCCUCCACCUACAUGCUGGUGAUGCUCACGGUGGACCGCUACAUCGCCAUCUGCCACCCGUUACGGAGUUUGCAGGGGGCCACGCGCCGCGCGCGCCUCAUGAUAGCAUGCACGUGGCUGUGCAGUGUGGUGCUCAGCACCCCGCAGUAUUUCAUCUUCUCUCUCAGCGAGAUUGAAAGAGGCUCGGACGUGUACGACUGCUGGGCUCACUUCAUCCAGCCGUGGGGCGUGCGCGCCUACAUCACCUGGAUCACCGUAGGCAUCUUUCUCAUCCCGGUCGCCGUGCUCGUCUUGUGUUACGGAUUUAUUUGCCGGAGCAUCUGGAAGAACGUCAAGUGCAAGACAAAGAGCGGCGCGGCGCACGGCACGAGCGCGCUGAUCGGCAAGGCGUCGGUGAGCAGCGUGAGCACCAUCUCCCGUGCCAAACUCCGCACCGUCAAAAUGACCUUCGUCAUCGUGCUCGCCUACAUCGUGUGCUGGGCUCCGUUCUUCAUCGUGCAGAUGUGGUCCGUGUGGGACGAGAAUUUCUCCUGGGACGAUUCGGAGAAUACAGCGGUGACCCUGUCGGCACUGCUUGCCAGCCUGAACAGCUGCUGCAACCCGUGGAUCUACAUGCUGUUCGGUGGUCACCUCCUGUACGACUUCCUGCGCUGCUUCCCAUGUUGUCGGAAGCUUGGUUACGGCAUCCGUAACGACUCAGACAGCAGCCUGAGGAGGAAUACGCUGUUGAGCAAACUACCUGCUGCCUGCACACCCCCAAACGCCUCGGAUUCAUGGAAGGACUCGCAAAAAAACAGCCAGUCUGUCUCACAGGAUUGUUCCGAUAAAGUCAACCGUGUGGACUCUUCACACAAGAGUAAUCAGACCGUAGACAAUCUGAACAAACACAGUCACACCAACCAGGCUCAAGUUCUAGAUACAGACAGCUGAAGACUGUUUUAUGUGCCACUUUUGUCCACUGUGGUUCCAUUCAUUUAAAUGUUUACAUUCGCUUGCUGCUCAUUCAUGGAAUUUUCCAAUGAGGCAGUCACGUGACAGCAGUGCAGUGCAUAAAAUCAUACAGAUACAGGUCAAGAGCUUCAGUUAAUGUUCACAUCAAACAUCAGAAUAGGGAAAAUAUGUGAUCUUAGUGACCGUGACUGUGGCACAGGUUCUCCUAAGCUGUAUAGUUGAAGACAUUGCCUGGUCUUUAUUCAGUUUUCUCCAGUUUCAAUGAGUCUGUGCCCAGUGUAGUCUCAGAUUCCUGUUUUUGUCUCACAAGAGUGGAACACAAUGUGGUCUUCUGCUGUUGUAGGCCAUCCGAGUAAAAAUUCAGCAUGUUUUUUUAAAAUAUAUUUUUGAGAUGCUUUUCUUCUCACCACGGUUAUUUGCAUUACCAUAGCUUUUCUGCCAGCUUUAACCAGUCAAGCCAUUCUCCUCUGACCUUUCUCAACUAGUCAUUUCCAGAUGUUUUUUUUUGUGUGUGUGUAAACUCUAGAGACUGCUGUGCAUGAAAAAACCCAGGAGAUCAGCAGUUUCUGAAAUACUCAAUACCGCCUGGCACCAUCAACCGUGCCACUGUCAAAGUCACUGAAAUCACAUUUCCCCCCCAUUUUGAAGUUUAAUGUGAGCAUUAACUGAAGUUCUUGACUUGGAUCUGUAUGAUUUUAUGAAUCACACUGCUACCACAUGUUUGGCUUAUCUGCGAACGAGCAGGGGUGCAGUUGUUCAUAAUAAAGUGGUUAGUGAAUGUAUUUUACACAUAGAAUUGCAGUAAGUGGUGACAGAUACAUUGAAACAUUUGCUGAAUAAAUAAUGUAACUACCUGAAAUUACAGGAAUGCCUGUCACAAAUAUUGUAAUGCCUAACUAAACUGUUUUUUUUUUAAAUGACAAUGAAUGUAUGUUCCAGUCUAUCCAUAUUUAUCUGUCUUUUAAUUGUGUUUUUAGUCGCUCCACAUUUGAAUAUUGACAUAACGGUAGCUGAAAAUACAAAAAGAUUCACAUUGUCUUUUGAGUUCAUGGAAAUUCACAUAAUGAACACAUGAAAAGCAUUUGGAUGUAAUGUAACGCUGCCUAUGACCGGCCAGUGCAUUUUGCCUAAUUGGGCCGAAAGAGAAAUAUGAGCUUUAUUGUUAUUGUUCACUUGUUCUUAUAUCUUUCCAGAUGUCUUGUAUUGUAAAUGUUUGCACGGGUUGUUUUUAAAUUUGCCUAUAAUUUAGGUAACUGUGACAAAGUGUAGUGUGACCCCCAUAUAAAGCUUAUAAACACUUCUUAAUAUUCGACACUUUUUGCCUUGAUUUUCUGUGUUGCGUAUUUGCAAGCCCAUUUCAUGCUAUAAGCAGUAUAAACAGUUGCUUAAAUCACUCGUUCCACAAAAGGCCUUUUAGUGAGUAUUUAGUACCGGGUAUUCAACUAAAAAAUGUAAAGGUCCAGUUACAUAAAAUUCCUUGUUUACAAAGGUCCAGAUAAGCAGUUAACAUGACUACAUGGUGACUACAUGGUGACAACAGACAUAUAAGUUAUGUUUUGUUUUAUGUUUUCUUUGGCG